UCACACCGGAUGUGAACAUGCUCAGAUUGCCCCCCCCCUUUUCCCCGCCUCCAUCACCCAUUAGCUCGCUUUGUAACGAAAGGCAGCAACCGGGCCGAGCUGCGCCAAACCGAUCCAAUCCCUGCUGCGGCGUGAGCAGCAGAUGAAAAGGAGUCAGGGAGGAAGGGGCUGGGGAAGAGGAUACAAAGUAGUCGUCUCACACCCCAAAGACUCUCCUAAACACGACCCCCAAUAAGUAAAGCUGUAGCACCAAUAAACUGAACCGGGUCAAAUCCGUUCCAGCCUCAAAUGGGGUUUUCUAAGAGGGUUUAAGCACUCUUUGCCUUGUCUGUCGCUCCAUUGCCGUUCCGUUCUUCCUAAUGCCCCCCUUUUGUUGUUGUUGAGACCUUUUGAAUUUUUCCAGUAGAAGGGGCGCGGAGUUCAGAAGUCGGGUGGACACGGCAUGGAUUUCCGAGGGAAAAAGUACGAGCGGGGCAGUAACUGGUCAGACCCCGAGGUGGUGGAGCUCCUGCAUUUGUGGGCCGACGAAUCGGUGCAGGCGGAGCUGGAGAGCUGCCUGAGGAACCAGCACGUCUUCAACAGGAUCGCUGAGGUGCUGCGGGAGAAGGGCAUCCACCGCACCGGCGAUCAGUGCCGCGAAAAGAUCAAGAAAAUGAAGCUGGAAUACCGUCGGAUCAAGGAUAACAACAAGGCCCCGCGCGGGGGCAGGACUUGGAAGUUUUACGAGGUGAUGGAUCGGGUCCUGGCCAGCCGGCCUUCCCUUGCCUACAACGCCGCCGCCGCCGCCAACAGCAGCGGCUUGAUGAUGGCUCAACAAGUGCUCCCGGGGAGUAUGGUAGAGAAUUACCAUCACCACUUGGGGCCCUCCUCGGCUCUGCCUUUCCCACACUCUCAGCCCUCCGAGCUGAUGGAGAUCAAAUGCGAGGAGGUGGAUUCGGAGGACCAGUGCUUGACGCCUGAACCUCCCCCUUCUCUCACUUUUCAGCCGGAGGGUUCCGCUGAGGAGCAUGAGAUAGAGAGGGCCUUUUUGCAUAGGUCUCAGAACGACUCUCCCAUCUCCAGGGUGGAGAUCCCCAUUGAGACCAGUGUCUCGCCUUCAGGUUUCAGUGAGCCCAACAUGGCUUCGUCAUCCCGGAUCCAAAGUCUGGGGCCACGGCCUGGUUUUUCCACCUUGCACCGCCUGCGGAAGAAACGGAAAUCCCAGCGGCUGAAAGACCCACUGGAUGCGCUACUACUGAAGACCCUGACAGCUCAGCGGGAAAUGGAGGAACGCUUUCUGCAGAUGGAGGAACGGCGGCUCCAACGAGACCUGGAGGUGGAGGAGCGACGGAUACAGCUGGAGCAGCGACGCUUUGAACUGGAACGGGACCAUGAAUUCCGUAUGUUCAACGUCUUUGCCCAGAUGCUCAGCAUCCUGAAGCAAAGCAAUAAUGGCUCCCCUGCAAGUGGGCUGUCCCAGGGUGUGGACCUUAACCAACCAUUUUCCGAUAGUGGAGCAGUAGGAGAAGGGGCACAACGGGGACUAAGGACCAUGCCGUUGGGGCGACCCAUCUUGGACAGGACAACCAAUGUGUACAGUUUCUGCAACCAUAGUGAUUUCCAAAGCAGCCCGUACCUCUCUGUCCGAGGCAAUAUUGCUAACAUCUUCCGGGGUUCCACAGAAGAAGGGUACAAGGCCUAUCACGCUGACAAGUAUGAUGAGGACAAAAACCCCAAUGGCAUCAUUAAUUUUGGCACCAGUGAGAACAAACUCUGCUUUGAUCUGAUGUCCAAACGGCUGACCCAAAGCGACAUGAACCUCAUAGAACCUCCACUACUACAAUAUCCUGACUGGAAGGGCCAUAUGUUCUUGCGAGAGGAAGUGGCUCGAUUUUUGACCUAUUACUGCAAGGCACCUGCACCUCUGAAAGCAGAAAAUGUGAUUGUCCUGAAUGGCUGUGGCUCGUUGUUUUCUGCUUUGGCUACCAUUCUCUGUGAUCCAGGGGAAGCCUUCCUGAUCGCUACCCCUUUUUAUGGGGGCAUCACCCAAAGUGUGUUUCUCUAUGGGAAUGUGAAGCUGGUCUAUGCGUAUUUAGAGAGUCAGGUUACUGGCACAUGCAACCGUCCAUUCCAACUUACUGUGGACAAGCUAAAGAAGGCCUUGCAGGAUGCACAAUCAGAGGGUAUCAGAGUUAAGGCUUUAAUUCUCUUGAACCCCCAAAAUCCCUUGGGGGACAUCUAUUCUCUCUCUGAGUUACAUGAGUACUUGGAAUUUGCAAAAAGGCAUGAGCUGCACGUGAUAGUAGAUGAAAUCUACAUGUUGUCAGUUUUUGAUGAUUCUGCCACAUUCCACAGCAUCCUCGAAAUGGACAGAUUACCUGAUCCACAGAGGACCCAUGUGAUGUGGGGAAUUAGUAAGGAUUUUGCUGUCUCUGGGAUUCGGUUUGGAACCCUGUACACACUGAAUCAAGAUGUUGCCAAUGCUGUUGCUUCUUUGUGUUACUUCCAUGGGGUCUGUGGGCCAGUCCAGUACAAAAUUGCCCAGCUACUCAGAGACAGAGACUGGAUCAACCAGGUGUAUGUACGGGCCAAUCAUGACAGACUGAAAGCUGCCCAUACUUUUGUGACAGAUGAACUCAAGACCCUUGGGGUUCCCUUCCUCAACCGCAAUGCAGGCUUCUUUGUAUGGAUUGACUUCCGAAAGUACCUGCGAAGAGGAACAUUUGAAGAGGAAAUGCUGCUCUGGAGGCGCUUCCUGGACAACAAGGUCCUGCUCUCUUGUGGUAAAGCUUUUGAGUGCAGUGAGCCUGGCUGGUUCCGCAUCAUCUUUGCUGACAAGAUACAUCGGCUGCAGCUAGGUAUGCAGAGGGUCCGUGAGGUGCUGGAAGAACAUGAGCAUGAAAUCCUGAAUGAAGAUAAAGACCAGUCUUGUCAGUCUGACUCUGAAGGCAAAGCAGAUAGCACAGACGAAGUGAUCUUUGUAUCCCACCAUCAGGAACCAGCCUCAGCUGGUAGCUCCAACCUUGGUGAUCUUAUUGGCCUCCUACAGCAGCAAAUGCGCUCAUCUGACUGGCUGCAGAAGAAUACGGUGGAAAAGUUUGCACAGGAGAAACCAGAGGUCUAUGAUGUCUUCAGCAAGUUGGUGGGGAAGCAGUAGAUGACUUUGGUGCAUUUAUGCAGGGACUGCCAUUAAAUGUGGUUCUUGCUGCUGAGCUUUAACUAAUCUAACGAUAUAUUUUCCUAUAUGGCAGGAAGCCAUUUAUAAAUCUUCCUCUUUUGGUCAUCCUCUUACAAUUUUAUUAAAACGGGCCAAACUACAGAUAGGUGGCUUUUAUUCUGCCUCCACCCCGUGUCAUAUUUUGGUGUUUGUUUGUUUUUUGUCAGACAUCCAGGCUGGUGCUCUCUUGUGCAGAGAGAGAAAGAGAGAGAUGUCCUUUGUGCUGCUUCUGGCUUCCUCUUUUCUUGAGAAAGAUUGUUACCGCUAAAGAA